AUGAAGAAAGCUGUACUUAACAACAUGUUCCGCGCGGCAAGAACCGUUUGUAGUGGACGUGAGGAGAGAAAGGAAUCAUUAACUUUGGCUCACGAAAUUGCUGUUUCGAAUGGUUAUGAAGUCCGAACGUCUGAAACGAGACGAUACCGAAGUGAACGAGCACGGCAAGUGGGAAACCCACCACAGAUAAGAUACCUCUCUGCUUUCCUUACAUCUCCGAUGAAGUGA